GACACUGAUUUAACAGAACUUGGUCAAGCUGUCAUAUUACCAUCUUCUUUCACUGGAGGACCUCGCUAUAUGCACGAGCGUACACAAGACGCAAUGACAUACGUACGUCAUUAUGGCCGCCCUGACUUAUUUAUCACAUUUACUUGCAAUCCUAAAUGGCCUGACAUUACUGAAAUUCUCCUUCCACGUCAAAAACCUCACGAUCGCCACGACCUUAUCAGUCGUGUAUUUCAUCUCAAGAUUCGGAAAAUGAUAGACUUGCUCACGAAGAGUAACAUUUUCGGCUGUACAAAUUGCUACAUGUACACCAUAGAGUGGCAAAAGCGAGGUAUUCCCCAUGCACACAUUCUAUUGUGGAUAAAAGAUAGGAUUAAACCAGCUCUCAUCGAUGAAGUCAUCCGUGCGGAAAUUCCUGAUCCACAGACUGACCCUGCCCUACACAAAAUAGUAAAAUCCACCAUGAUUCACGGCCCAUGUGGACCUCAUAAUAUCAACUCACCCUGCAUGAUCAACAGAAUAUGCACUAAGAAGUACCCGCGUCCAUUCAUCUCAGAAACUCAGACCGGAGAAGAUGGUUACCCUCAGUACCGCCGGCGCGCACCUGCUGAUGGAGGUCAUACAAUUAACAUCAAAGGAGUAGAUAUCGACAACAGAUGGGUGGUUCCUUAUAGUCCUGUGCUAUCCCGCUUCUUCAAUGCUCACAUCAAUGUCGAAUUUUGCACUUCAGUAAAAUCAAUCAAAUACAUCUGCAAGUAUGUUAACAAGGGAAGUGACCAGGCAGUAUUUACAAUACAAAAUGAAAAUGACGAAGUAUCUCGAUACGAAGAAAUCUAUGUCUUACAGGCAGAGUAUGCCUGCCAGGUCCUGGGAGAGAAUCUGAAUGUUGGUGACUUACAUUAG